CCGAGGCCGAUGGAGACGACUCAAACAUUCGCGAAGGUCGGGGGCAAAGUUAGGGGCAAGCGCAGCCGAGGGACGGGAAGGGGAGGGAAGGGACGGGGAAGACGGGGCUCGAUGCCGUGGAGACUCUGACGUGAACUGCAGGUGCCUUGCUAUGGGGGCUCCGAGGGCCCGCAAGCGAAGCCCAGCAAGCCGAGUCCUGCGCCGGAUCCGAGCGGGGACUGUCGAAUGCUUGUAUUUUGUCGAUCGACCAGCGAUGCAGUGAGGAUUGGCAGAAUUGCGUAAUCGGGCGCUGGAUCCGAGCUUUUUAGAGUACCGCCAGGUCAAGGAGAAGGCAAGGAGAAGGCGGUGGCGCAGAUUGCAGAUCCGCAGGAGGUUUGGGAAAUCUAUCGAUCGCCAUGGGCAGCCUCUGCUCGUGCUGUCGUGGGGAUCCCAAGGAGAGCGCAGAGGAGCGAGCGAAGAUGAGCGAAGCUCAGGCGAAAGCCGGUCUUGCUGCACAGCAGAGAAUGGAGGCAUUUGAAAAGUCUGCAGCAGGCAGAGCGGCAAAGAAGGUGGCAGCUGAACUUGCGAAACCUCCGCCUCCUUUGAGCAGGGGAGAGCCUGCACUCAGGUGGCAAGUUGGUUGAUGGAAGCGCUAGUUGAAAAAAGAUUCACUAUCAAAUUGACAAAAAAUUUCAUUUUCAACUUCGAUGGGAGCUUUAUUCAAAGCUGGACCAUGGUCCAACGAUGGAGAACAUGCCUGAAGGACAGCAAGGAACGCUCCCUCACUCAAAACAUGUAAAUUCAAUCCUCUUUCAUUUCCCAGGACGUAGCGAGACGUAAAGAAAUAGUUUGUGUGUAUAUUCUCUCAUGCGGAGAAGUCUAGAUCCAAAUUUCUGUCAUGAGCAUGUGCCUGACAGUGCCUUAAGGCCGUAGACCUUGUGGUACUCUAGAUUCAAUAGAAAGUUACAAAAGAAAGGAUUUAUUUACAGAGGUGUAAUGCAGAUUCCUCGUGUUCAUAAUUUAUAUUUUUUGACCCAGGAGCUUGUGGUCUCUUAGUAUUGAGAGUUAUUUUAAAGAAAUUCACCAUGCGUCAGACGUUGUUGCGUUAUGUCUGGAAUUUAAUACAGCCAGUUGACACGUGGUGCAAUUGCCUAGAAAUUUGCUGUUUUUGGAGCAGCUUCUCGUUCCAGCUUGUUUGAAGCACUUGGUGAAUUUAUUCAUGACGCACUGUGUCAUCAAUUUAUGGCCGAAAUCGC